AUGAUUAAGAUGAUGGUCACAGUUGUUAUUGUAUUCACCAUAUGUUGGCUGCCUUUCAAUGUGCUUGUGCUUCUACUCAACGACGAUGACUUCAACAUGUGGGACCCAUUGCCCUACUUUUGGUUUGCUUUCCAUUGGCUAGCCAUGUCGCACAGCUGCUACAAUCCCAUCAUUUAUUGCUACAUGAAUGCUCGCUUUCGUGGUGGAUUCCUGCAGAUUAUUUAUCGUGUGCCAGGUUUGCGUCGAUGUUGUUGCCUGCGCCGUUAUUUGCAUAAUCGUGGCGAUCGAAAUUAUGAUGCUACCGGCACGGACGAUGCAUUCCACUUGCAGCGGGUGAACACCUCAACCACAUACAUCAGCACACGAAGAAAACUCCGAGCGAAUUCCAUGCAAAUGGUAGGUAGCGAUUGUGCAAGUAUGCAAGUUCGCAGGAAAAUGUCCAAUAGAGAGAAAAACUUAAUAUUGUUUAUACGUAUAAAUGCUUAA